AUGUCAUUGAAGAAAGGUCCAGAAGAUAUUAACAAUGGCAUUCCACAGUACGCUGUUCCAAAUACUGUUAAACCCACUGAGUUAACCAAAUACGAACAACUCUUGACUAUUGUUGAGAAACUUAGAGAAGAUAUCAAGCCAACUUACGCUGGAAACAAAAUUUGUGCCGAGCGUCUGAAGAAGAACAUUACACUUGCUCGUUUACUGAUCAGGGAAAACGUUGCUGAAGUUGAACGUGAUAAACAAAGAGCAACCGCUGAAGCGAAUCAAAAAUACGCAUCUCAAUAA